AGCAGCAUCGCCCCGUCGGGAAACACACUCACACUCUCUCACACACGCACUGAACAUCUGAGAGGGGGCAGAAAAGGGACCGCAGCUCGCCGGGGAGCGUCCGACUCCCGGCGAAAAGAACAAAGGGACAGAUGACUGAGCGGAUUUUCGAUUUAUAAAUGGAAAACACAAGAAGGUUAAUUUAAGACAGUGUUUGCUGAACGGAGGGACUCCCCGGCAGCAGCCUCCCCCCCUCAGCCAUGCCGCUUGUAUUCCGCACACUGUUUUUCGGCUUUGUAACGCUGCUGGUUGUGCUUUUGAUAAUUGAUGAUAUUGCAGAAGUGGAAGAAGAAACUGCAAAUAUUGGACAUUCAAAGAAGGUGAACUUACACCAGCUCGGCCCCAAACCACACAGAAAGGUUGCAGUACAUGUGAAUCCCACUGCUUUGACAACAGCGAACAUAGAGACAGAUCAUCACCAUCCAAGCUACAAUAACACUGCCAAACAUUCGUCAAACAACUGGACUUUCAAUAAGACCCUCUCCCACCUCAUCAGAAAAAAUAUUCUGAGAUUCCUUGACCCGGAGAGAGAUAUCUCAAUUCUGAAGGGCACGCUGAAACCAGGAGAUAUCAUCCACUAUGUUUUUGAUCGUCACAGCACCACAAACAUCUCAGAAAAUCUCUACCGUCUCUUGCCAACCGUAUCCCCCAUGAAAAACCAACAUUACAGGCGCUGCGCCAUCGUGGGCAACUCUGGGAUCCUUCUGAACAGCAGCUGUGGGCCUGAGAUCGACUCUCACGACUUUGUUAUCAGGUGUAACCUGGCGCCAGUAGAGGAAUACUUUCAGGAUGUUGGAUGGCGGACCAACUUAGUGACCAUGAACCCGUCUGUAGUACAGCGGGCCUUCCAGGACCUGGUCAGCGAAGAGUGGAAGGAGCGCUUCUUGCAGCGUCUUCGAAGCCUCAGUGGCAGCGUGCUGUGGAUCCCAGCCUUCAUGGCCAAGGGGGGAGAGGAGCGUGUGGAGUGGGCCCUGCGUCUCAUCCUGCUGCACACCGUAGACAUACGCACCGCCUUUCCAUCACUGCGCCUUCUUCAUGCUGUCAGAGGGUACUGGCUGACGAACAAUGUCCACAUCAAACGUCCGACCACUGGCCUCCUCAUGUACACCAUGGCCACUCGCUUCUGUGAGGAGAUCCACCUUUACGGCUUUUGGCCCUUUCCGCUCAACCCGCAAGGCAAACCAGUUAAAUACCACUACUACGAUACCCUGAAGUAUGAGUAUACCUCCAGCUCGAGUCCUCACACCAUGCCUUUGGAGUUCAGGACCUUGAGCACAUUGCAUAGACAGGGGGCGCUACGGCUCCACACUGGUGUGUGUGACAUCCAGCAGAGACUACAGAAAGAUCUCCAGAACAAAUAGUUGGGGUGUCUUCAGUGAGCAGACUUAAAUCUGAGCAGUUUUCUUGUUGCUACCACUUUUAUGAAACUUGAAUUAACUAAUUUUCAGCAGCUGGAAUUAAGAUUUUUCUAUUUCAAGCUCCAAGAGUGACUAAUUCCACCCUCAGGGCUGAGGUCUCUGCAUUCUUGAGCAGCUUUCAUUUGAGCCUUCCAGUUUGAAGAAACCAAACGCAAGCACAUCAUUUUUUUUUCUGUGCGUUGAAUAAAUCAAUAAACAUAAUUUCCUUUUUAUAUUCUAACUUAUUAUAAAAUGGGUUAUGCCGAAAAAUGAUAGAUCCAAAAUGCAAGCAAGUGAAAAGGUUUAAAAGUUAAUAAUUCAUAUUCUAACUUUACGAUAAUAUGAUGAUAAGACUCCAUUGAGGGUGUUUUGUGAGCUGUUAAAUUACCGGUUCACUUGUUGAGCCACAAGAUGGAAGCACUUAAUAAUCAGGAAGAAUGAUAAUAGAGGAAAAAGUGGACCAACAUUUCUUUUUUUAAAACAAACACCUCUAAGUGGAAUCUUCUAAAUGAGUCGAUAUGAUGUUCAACGUGUGGCUGCAUCAUUUUCUCAAAUAGAAAACCUUUUAUGCGUUUAUAGCUUCCUAUGAAGUACCUUAAUUUGUUAUAGAGCAGGUUAAUAACAAGCAAAAAUGCAAACCUCCAGUAAACCAGAACCACCAUCUAAUAAAGUCAGGCUACCCUGAGAACCAAAUCAAGAAAGGAAAGCAUGUUGAACUGCCGUGGCUGUGAGUAUAAUGGGGGAGUGUACCAGCUGUUCACAUAUGAAUGUUUACUUAGACUCAGCCGAUGGUAAACUCACUUUGUAAACUUUCCUUAAAGAGCACCAACCCUGUUUCCUACCUGGAAGGCGAGACGGUAGCUGGGAUGUUUGUAGUUAGGUUUACUUUUUGAAAUGAAUGUAUUGGUUCGUUUUCUUACAAAUGUGGGAGUGAAUAAGCCCCAUAAUGUGCUUUUAAAUUAAUAUUGAGUCACAAUUAGCAGCUAUUUCAGUUCAAUAACACUGAGAGGAGGGAGAGCAGGAAAUUUGUAUGCCUUUAUUCACGUAGAUCAAGGGUUCUCAAGGUUUUGACAACCAAUGUACGGAGCCAGCGUACGGAUGAGGGCUGCACAAGAAAAAUGCACCUCACAGACACUAGAAAUGUUUGUGACGUGUCUGUUAUUUAUGGCAAUAUGUGUUUGUAAUUUCCUUUUUGUGGUGUUUAAUACAUUUAAUGUUACAUUUCUUGACACCAGCUAUAUCUGUCAAUGUUAGAAAGGUUUAGUCUGCUAUGAAGGCUGUAACACAAGAGUUUUUGGUUUUGUUCUGCGCGGCUACACUCACUGGCCACUUUGUUAGGUACACCUGUUCAUCCGAAUGAGGAAGAAAGGUGAUUUAAGCUGUAUUCAAUGUGGCAUGCUUGGUGGUUUCAGACAGGCUGGUCUGAGUAUUUAAGAAUGCUUAUUGACUGGGACUUUCCCACGCAACCAUCUCUAGGGUUUACAGAGAAAGAGAAAAUAUUCACUGAGUGACAGUUCUCUGGGCAAAAAUGCCUUGUUGAUGUCAGAGGUCAGAGGUGAAUGGUCUGACUGCUCCCAGCUGGCACGAAGGCCAUGGUAACUCAAACAACCACGCUUUACAACCAAGGUAUGCAGAAGAGGAUCUCUGAACAAUAAACAUGUGAAACCCUGAAGCAGAUGGGCUACAGCAGCAGCAGAUCACACCUGUGCUGCUCCUGUCAGCUAAGAACAGGAAACUGAAGCUGCAAUUCACACAGGCUCACCAUAACUGAACAAUUGAAGUUUGGAGAAAUGUUGCCUGGUCUAUACGUGCUGUGACGUUCAGGUGGUAGGGUGAAUUUGGUGUAAGCAACAUGAAAGCAUGACUCCAUCCUGCCUUGCAUCAAUGGGUAAAGCUGCUGCUGGUGGUGUAUCCAUGUGGGGGAUAUUUUCUUGGCACACUUUGGACCUCUUGGGCCACAGCCUACCUGAGUAUUGCUGCUGACCAUCCAUCUCUUUAUGAUCCCAGUGUACCCAUCUUCUGAUGGCUGCUUCCAGCAGGAUAACCAUGCUACAAAGCUCAGAACAUCUCCAACUGGCUUCUUGAAUGUGGCAUUGAGUUCACUGUACUCAAAUGGCCCCCACAGUCAUAAGGUCUCCAACAGAGCACCUCUGGUAUGUGGUGGAAUGGGAGAUUUGCAUCAUAGCUGUGCAGCUGGCAAAACUGCAGCAACUGUUUGAUGCUGUCAUGUCAAUACGGACCUACGUCUCUACGUUUCCAGCACCUUGUUGAAGCUUUCCAACCAGGUACUAGAAAGGUGUACUUAAUGAAGUGGCCAGUGAGUGUAUAUCGUAGUUUGACAUGUGGAUGACUUUAAUGUAAACUAGUGCAUUCUUUCCUUGUUGUCCUCACAGGCCUCACAACAUGCUAACAGGAACUGCCACUGGCUCACAGGUCACACUUUGAGAACCCCGGACAUAGAGUAAUGUAUUGAUCGUUCUUGUCUAGCAUGUUUGGAGUAGUAAACCAAUAUAAUAGUUUGGUACAGAUGUGUGUGGAGCUGCUAGUAUAUUGUGCCUAUAGUAAAUAAAUUCCACUAAUCUGUAAAUGGACCAUCCCCAUGCCCAGAUGUAAAAAAAAGGUGUUGGCUCAAGAGUUCUUUAUAGCCUAGUUAUGAAUUAAUAACACACACAAACAGAAUAUGCAAAAAAUGUUUGUUGUAGGCCUGCAGUCAGGAAAGAAACUCCUUUCUAUGUACAUUUUGAGGCUAAUAGUAGACUGACUUUUCAAACUAGAACAUCUUAACGUGAGCUUAAAUUAUAUUUUUGUACUUCGAGGAUCCACCUCAGUAAAAGUUUUUUUUUGUUUGUUUUUUUGGAGUUGUCUUGAUGUUUGGGGUAGCUCUGGGUAUUUUUCUGUAACAAAAUGCCUCUGUAAAAGAAAAUUAAGAGAAGCAUUCAAAAUAUUCUAAGAGCUCUGCGGCUAAACAAGUAGCCUCAUGCGCUCUCACCCAUGUGAUUUGUCCACAAAAGUGUUGCUUUGACGGGAUGCGCCUGUUGACUUGCAUGUCGGCCUUAUUACACUGCCAAUUAAGUUAAGAAUAGACAUGAAAGUUGCACUAGAGACGUCAGCAGUCUGAAGCAAUGAAAGGUUUAUUUGUGUGAGCUUGUCUGACUUUAGCAAAAAAUAGAAACAUUCUGUGACCAACACUAUUAAGCUAAUUAACCCAGAAUGUGGAGUUUGCCACAGAUGAGAAAACUUUCUCACACGUGUUAUAUGCUGCAAAGCUGUGAGGAUUGUAUAGUUUUAUCCUGCCCCCCCCCUCCCGCUGUUAACAUCUGUUUAAUGUGCAAAUUCCAGCAAACAAAUACUUGCUUUUGCAUGUUUGUCUUGUGUUAAUGGAUAGAGUUUGAACAUCUUCCAGUUUUUGCUUUUACGAUCCUCAGUAUGACUCGCCGAUGCUUAAAAGUGUGCAUUUAUGACGAUGUGAAUGUACUUUUCUGUGGCAGAAAAUACACAAAAAAAUUUUCCUUAUCGCUUCAAAGGAAGAGCUUUUAUUUCAGUGUUUUUUCUCAAAUAAAUGGAAACUGAGGAAACAGA